AUGCAGAGGCCUGUGAUCAGCCGAAAUGGAACUCAGCUUCCGCCUUACAAUACGACAUACUAUUUCGAUCAACUGAUUGAUCACAAUGAUCCGUCAAAGGGAACUUUCAAACAAAGAUUUUGGCAUACGUACGAAUUUUAUGAAUCUGGUCCUGUUAUAUUCUUCACCCCUGGCGAAGAAAAUGCGUUUCAAUACGUAGGAUAUUUGACCAACGUCACCUUCAACGGUCUCCUCUCUCAAGCGCAGAAUGGAACUACUGUCGUCCUUGAGCACCGCUUCUUUGGAUUGAGCAACCCUCUUCCGUCUCUCACCGGAGAGAACUUGCGUUAUCUGACACUUCAGCAAAGUAUCGAUGAUAUCGAGUACUUCGUGAAUAACGUGCAUCUACCGAUGCCCGGUGGGGAUCACCUCGACGCACCAUGGAUUAUGGUAGGUGGAAGCUAUUCGGGAGCACUAACCAGUUACGCCAUGUACAACAAACCCAACCUUUUCUACGCAGGUUACGCCUCAUCUGCUCCUGUUCAAGCGAUGUAUGACUAUUGGGGAUACUUUGAGCCCAUCCGCCAAAACAUGCCCGGCAACUGUUCUGCAGACGUGCAGGUAGUAAUUGAACAUAUCACUGAAGUUUUCGAAGGCAACAACAUGACCGCAAUCCAAGAAAUCAAGAAUACCUUUGGAAUGGGUAGCGUUCAGCACCUGGAUGACGUUGCCGGAGGUAUAAAAGUACGGAGCAACCUCUGGGACUGGCAAGACAUGCAGCCAACUACUGGGCCUGGAGCAGCGUUUUACCAGUUUUGCGACGCGUUGGAAGUCAAAGAAGGUAUAUCUGCGUCAAUGGACGGAUGGGGAUUAGAACAUGCUUUAGCGGCAUGGGGUGCUUACUGGAAGGAGUCUUAUCUGGAAACUAUGUGUGGAGCCGAAGACAUAGCCACAUGCCUCGACUCCUACGACAGCACCGCGACAUAUUUCACCAACACAACAAUUGAUAAUCCGUAUAGGUCGUGGAAUUGGAUUCUAUGCAAUGAACUUUCGUUUUCGCAGAGCAGCCCGCCGCCAGGGGUUCCUGCCCUAGUGAGUCGUAUUGUCCAGCCUGAGUACGACAUACGACAAUGUUACUAUUGGUAUUCGGACGUCUUCAAUACCACAAACCCCCCACCCAUGGCUGAUGGCGCAGCAGCGCUCUCGGACCAACGAUACGGUGGAUGGAACGUCUCCUUGGAUCGUUUGUUCUUCGCUAACGGAAAACGAGAUCCGUGGAGAGAAGGAACGGUGUCGGCAGAUGGUCUAGAAAUUCCCAGUACCGUGUCGCAGCCGAUUUUUGUGAGCGAUGGAUUCCAUGCUUCGGAUUUGAUUGUGGAUUUUGGCGAAGCGGAUCCAUCUGUGGGUGCAGUCCAGCAGCACGCGUUGGAAAUUUUUUCUGGAUGGUUGAGCGACUGGAGCAACUGA